AUGGGCUAUACGAAUGUCAUUACAGAACGGUUACUGCAGAGCCCGGGCAGUCGUCCGGAGAAUAUAGUCCGGUGCUUCUUGCAGUCGUACCCCGUGGAGGAACAUUUGGAUGUCCUUACCGACGUCUUGACCCGGGGCACCACCAUCGACGAGCAAGCAGCUGCGCUGAUUAGCGCAGCGUGGGACCAUGUUCGCCAAAGCCAGAUUUGGUCCACGAGGUUUGGAAGCCUGGAAGAGUACAGUCAAUCCAUUGACUAUAACAACCUUGUCAGCCCAGUCCUGCUACGCCACAGCAAGAGCGAUCGUGCCAAACAGCUGAGCGCCAGACUCAUCUGGCAGAAUUGGCGAACUAGCUAUGUUUCGGCGCUCCCGAGCGAGCUUCAGCCACCUUUCUGGAGCAAGCACCUGCUCUCGUUGCUAGCAGCCCUCAGUAAAGCGAGCCGACUGACCGAGGCGGUCGAUUUGCUCCACAAAUCGAUGAAGCAGCGCCCUGCCCGCAGUCGAAAAUAUCCCUAUCUGAUGGCGAGCGACGUCAACCGUGCCCUGCAGACUAUUCAGCACCUUCAGCCUAAAAGGCGGCCAAGGACAGAUGAAUCCGUCGCAGCCACUGAGAUUGAUGACAUAUGCAAAUGUGCACCAAGCUGCAUUCCUUUCACGGCUCUACUCUCGAAGACAAAAUCACCAAUGCGUGAUCUUGAAUGGGAUCAGUUCACGGACUGGAUUUACUCGGUUUCCUGGAGCCAAAUAUGUGACCAGCACCUUGGAGAGUUGUAUCAGUUGAUGAUGCAGACAGACACGGGGAAAAAGUCCCGGUGGGACAUCAUCCAGGCUCUGGAGGAGUUCCGAAAUGGGGAAGCGAAGCAGACACUCGCCGAACAGAGUCAGGCAGAAGAGCUGGCGAACUUCGACAUCCGCACCAUCCCCCCAGAGGCAACGCCUGAGCUCGAUAUCAACGAUGUAACAGUGGUGGAGACUUCGACUCUUGAACAGUUGUUAGGGGCAAGCCUAGACUGGGACUUUUGGCAGAAGCAGGGUUAUCUCCUUGUUCCAGGAUACCUCAAUUAUUUGAAAGGCUAUGGCAUCGGAGAGCGAGUGCAAGAUGCAUUGACUCGGUAUGCAUACGACAAUAACGGGCAAGAGCUAGGGAGAAAGUGCUAUGACCUUCUUCGGGAGAUGAUCCAGCAAGACCCACUCUACUAUGCGAUUAUUGUGGCCUGUCGCCCAGAUAGGGUGUCAAAAUUUGUUCAUUGCCCCGGAGUGGCACCCAUCAUGCAUCGUCAGCAAUUGGCACCCCCGAACCUCCCAUGGGACCAGAGCGAGAACGGCAUUCAGAGCAGCAUCCUACUGCCCACCCUCGCUGUCAACCAUCUGGUCAACCUGGUUCCCGGAUCUCACACAGAAGCCCAACCCGCCUUGAAUCUGCAGCCUGUGAACGUGACGCUCAAUCCUGGGGAUCUUCUCAUCAUGAAGCCAACUCUUCGACGGGCUGAAUCCACCUUCUCGGGUAGUGCAGUCUUGAAUCUGUCACAGGUAAUGGUGGGCGAAGGUGAUCUUCCUUGCAUAGCUACUAGUGAUGCCCUCCUGUUAGACACCCUCACUAGCACGGAAGCCACUUUUGUCCCGAGCAGUCAUGAGCAGCAACAGCAGCAGCAGCCCUACGAGACUCGCCUUGACUGUGCCUCUGCGCUGGGAGAGGCCUUGUCUGGCCAUAGGGACUGGAAUGACCCGAAAGUCACUUAUCAACGCGAUAUUGUCCUGGGCACCGACCACGUCGCCGCCAGGGCCUUCGUGACACGCAUCCGAGAGCGCCUCGCACUGGACUUUCAUGAUACGCUGGAUUUGUUCGAGAACUCUUGCCGGGACGGCAACUUCGAAGCAGCCUCGUUGACUGCGACUGUGGUCACCUCUGACUACGAAUGGCCGGAGUUCAGCUCCGACGACUUGGAUCUAUCGGAGUUGUUUGGAAUUGAUUCCACGGGCGCUCAAGUCAUUCCCAACACCGCCGAUGUAUCAUCGGCCUCAUCGCUGGCUGGAUAUAGUUUUUGA